AUGUCCAAGCUCAUAGCUAUUACCGGCAUCACGGGCACACAGGGGGGCUCCGUUGCAAACACUUACCUCGCUCUCCCCGGCUGGAAGGUCCGUGGCCUAACACGCAACCCAAGCUCACCAAAAGCCCAAGAAUGGGCAUCCAAAGGCGUGGAGAUGGUGGCCGCGGACCUCAACGACCUCUCCAGUCUCGAGAAGGCCCUCCAAGGCGCAACUGUAAUCUUCGGCGUGACCGACUUCUGGACCAUAUUCCAGGACCCCGAGAGUAUGACCAAGAAGAAGCCAGGCCAGGAUAUAACGGAGUACUGUUUCGAGGUUGAAGUUGCGCAGGGAAAGAACCUCGCUGAUGCCGUAGCCAAGAUUCACAGUCUGGACAGGUUUGUUUUCAGCUCGAUGGCGAGCGCGAAGACAGCGAGUAAGGGCAAGUUCGGCGGUAUUUGGCACAUGGAGUCGAAGGCCGUGGUGGUGAAAUAUAUACAGCAGUCGCUCCCGGGCUUGAAGGAUAAGUUUUCGCAAAUCCAGGCUCCGAUUUACUAUAAUCUGCUUUGGCAAUGGGGUCUGCCGACGACGCCUAGGAAGGAUUCCAACGGCUCGUACAUCAUUCAAGGCGUCGGCCCCAGCAACAUCCUCGUCCCCUUCGGCGACGUCCAAAACGACUUCGGUCAAUGCGUGAAAGCUGUGGUUGACGCAAAGCCCGGCACGAACCUCUUAGCCGUCGGCGAGAUGCUCUCCUGGGAUUCCUACCUCGAGACCUGGUGCAAGAGCCAGAAUGUGCCGGUGGGUCGAUAUGUGGAACAUACCAUCGAUUCGUUCGCACAGUUGCUUCCUGGAGGUCUAGGCCGUGAGUUUGGCGAGAAUGUGCUCUUCGCGCAGGAGUUUGCGUAUGAUGGGGGAGAGGCUGGUGUGGUGAGACCUGAGCAGUUUGGCAUCGGGAUGACUUCCUUCAAGGAGUAUUGUGAAAAGACGGACUUUUCCUCUAUCCUUUAG